CAGAGUUCACAUUAACUAGCCCCACCCACCAAUACACGCCGCACCGAACAAAGGUCUAUUGUUGUGGCUUGAGGUGGUACGUGAUGAGUGGUGCAACUGGAGCAGAGCCCCACUCGGUCCUCCUCUCCCUACACAAGGACGUCAGCUGCUUGGAGGAUGCCUCGCAGCUUAUGUGUGCCCGUUACAAUGGUGAUAUAACAGCACAGGAGGUCGGAGAGUUGUAUGCAUCUGUGAGGAUGGGAGGUGUCAGCUUGAGGCAAGUAGUGGCAACCAUUUCUAAAGUCUGUGGCAAGGAUGGAGUAGCAAAGAAUUCUAAGAUGUCGAAUAUUUUUCUCGAGUUGGAUCGGCGUUAUUUUAUUGUGGAGAACGCUCGAUGGGAGUUUAGUAUGUUGGAUGGUUGCCGUGAGGGACGGAUAAGCGAGCGAAAUGCGAUGAAACUCUUCAAGACGGUUCAAGGGAGUCGGUUUUCGGGCGGCUGGAGCUUGUUUCAGAAGAAGAGGUCUAACCCAGGAUCCACUGUAACCUGGGAGGAGAUUGAAGUGCCCCUUUGUGAGAUAGUGUCGGACAAAGAUCUCGAAGAUGAUGUCAAUGCAAAAAUGGAUGUAUCCCGUGAAGCCCCAGAAAUUCAAAUAAAGCAAAACAGUAACACAGAUCAUCAAGAUACAGACACUCAACAAGAGCUGAGCAGUGAGGAGAAGAUUUCAAAGGCUGUUAAGAGAGAGCAAGCUGCUCUGAGGCAGGCUAGAGAAGCUAAGCAGAAGCUCAGUGCUGUUCAGAAUGAUCAAGAGAGAGGGGCAGCAGAAGAAUCGCAAAGACUGGCUUUGCUGGCUGUUAGAGACGAAAAGCACUUUAUAUUGAGAGAAAGACUACAAAAGGCUGUGAAAUUGGAGAAACUGAAUGAGUUGGUGCCUGCAGUGGCAGCUGUGAGACAAGAGGAUGUGCCCAACUGUUCAGAACUAGUGACUGAGGCUGAAGAAUUGAUCAAGAAGCUUCGAGUAGCUGGACAGCUGAAGGAGGCGAUGACUGCCAGGAAGAUAGCUGAGCUGGAGGCUGGUCUGGGUGCGGUCAAGAGGGGAGGAUUGGAGAGAGCCUUGGUCACAAUCGUAGCUCAAGCAAACACUCUGUUGGAAAAGCUACGUCGCCUGGAGCAGCGUAAGAGAGCUGUACUUGAGCUGUCUCAGAGAGUGAUAGCAGAACUGAAGAGUUACUCACAACCACCAGCUCUGGUACACCAGGUCAUGAUAGCCACCUUCCUACUGCUGGGCAGUCCAGAGAAGGAGACUAAGUCGUGGCACGGCACUCAGAUAUUGAUAGGCAAGACAGGGAAGACGAGUCUAAAGAGGCGAGUGUCUGAGUGCAAUGUCAGCAAUAUACCAAGGGCAGUCGCUCAGAGAGUGACCACCAUCUUGAGUCGAUACGAGUUCACCAAUGUGCAAGACACAAGUCUAGGAUGUGCUGUAUUCUACUCCUGGGCUGAAGGGAUAGUGGAAGAAGUACAGGCUUGUAGUUCGUAGUUUAAAUUGGACUGGCAAACCGAUCACUUUUAAUUAUAUAUAUUUUAUUUAACACAUAUUCAUGUGCACAAAAUAUUUAUAUAUUAUACCUGUGCAAAAAUCACAAUUAUUAUGUACAAUAAACGUUACAAAACUUUUGA